UACAAGCAAGAGUAAUGAAAUAGGCAGAGGGCGAUUUUCCGCAGCGUGUUGGUCCGACCCCAAGGGCUAGCGCAGAGACGGCGCAGCGAAAAACUUUCAGCCAUGGAUAUUUCAAUGCACCUAAUUUUCUUUUGAUGCCGUUCUCUUUGCUAUGGACCGUAUCACUUUGUCGCAGUUCAUAUAAGUGAUUUGUAGGCUUGCCCCGAGAAAAUGUCACAUUUGCAGAUUCCAUUACUCAACAGCAUCUAUUUUUCCUAAACUUCAGUCCGGCUACAGAAGAGUGGGGGAACUUCUGUUGUUUUUUCGGCACCAAGCCUACAACACGAAGGUCCUUCCUGGUUUGUUCUGUGCUCUUCCUCCUUAGGGAGUUUGUGGCUAGAGGUGCUGCAGCUGGAGCCACCCUGCACUGCUGGAGCUUCCAGGAAUGACGGGGCCAACCCAUCGCAGCCGGCCCCCUCGCAGCACCUGACCUGACUCACCUGACCCAUCAUGGAGCUCAAGGUCUGGGUCGAUGGGGUCCAGAGGGUUGUUUGUGGGGUCACAGAGGCAACCACCUGCCAGGAAGUGGUCAUUGCUCUUGCUCAAGCCAUAGGCCGAACUGGGCGCUAUACACUGGUGGAGAAAUGGCGGGACACAGAGCGCCACCUGGCCCCCCAUGAGAGCCCAGUGGCAUCCCUCAACACCUGGGGCCAGUAUGCCGGUGACGUCCAGCUGAUCCUGCACCGCACGGGCCCCUCCCUGACCGAACGGCCCCCCUCCGAGGGUCCCUUGCUCCGGGGUCCGGAACGCGGCCCACACCGGCAGAGCCUCCCCCCGCUCGCCAAGCUCCGCCAUCCCAGUGAGCACGCCCUCCAUCGCCGCGAGCCGCGCCGCAAGUCCCUCACCUUCACCGGCGGGCCCCGGGGCCUCCGGGACAUCCUGAGUGGAGGCCGGGUGGGGGAGGUGAGAGAGUUCGAGGCCAAACGACGUCUCCUAUUCCAGGGGAAUGGUGGUAACCAGAACCACCACCACCAUGCAGCAGUGGCAGCCACAGCGGUAGCCCCAGGAGGAGCAGUGUCCCCCGGCAUGUGGGCCUGCCGCAUGGAGGACCUGGUCAGACUGGUGGGGCUCCAGAGAGAGACUCUGGCCGUGCUGGAGAAGAGGCUAGAGGCCUACGAGGCUGAACUGCAGACCUGGGGGGGACGAAGGGGAGAGGAGGCUAGAGGAGCAGGGGGGCUGAUGGAGGAGAUAGUGAGGCUGGAGAGACGACUGAGGAAGAACGAGGUGGAGAUGGAGGAAGAGGAGUUCUGGGCCAGCGAGCUGCAGAUUGAGCUGGAGAGUGAGAGGCAGCUGGAGGACAGGCUUGAGGAGCUGAGAGGGCGUCUUCAGUGUGCUCAGGUCGAGCUGGGGGACAGGAUGGCUCUGGUACAGGGUGUAGAGGCCGGUCUGGAGGAGGAGCGUCUGCAGAGGGAGAGACAGGAGACUCAAAGGGUGAGCGAGGUGGAGGCCAAGGCGCAGGUACUCAGAGCCCGCACGGAGCUCAAGGCCCAGGACAGACAGUCUGUCCAGCUGGAGAGCAGCUGCAGAGCCGUGGACAGGUCCCUCGGCCUGAGUGGCAAGAGACUGCAGGACAUGCAGCAUGAGCUGGAGCAGCUGACCAAGGAGCUGAGACAGGUCAACCUGCAGCAGUUUAUCCAGCAGACUGGCACCAAGGUCACCGUGCUGCCAGCCGAGCCCAGUGAGGAAGAGGAGGAGACUACCCACACCGGACAGGGCACAGACUUGGUUCCUCUGUCUGGUUCCCUGAAGCGUCCCGUCUCCUUUCACCCGAUGCCUGGUCACCUUCGGGUCCUGCACAGUCCGCUGACAUCUGGCCUAAACCCAGAAGGGAUCUACGUGUAAGAGAAAAGAGGGCAUACUUGGGGUGGCUUUGUUCCUCUGCUAGAUGGACACCUGAAAACACCCUAAAGGCAACCUGGUUCCACUAAGACCUGAUCCCAGAUCUGUGUGUGCUUUAGCCAACUCCUCAACACCCAGUCACUCCUAGUCAAAUAAGUUGGCUUAAAUACAGAUCUAGGAUCAGUGCUAAAGGAUUCCCUGUGAUGUGACAUCCAAGUACAGGUUACCUCAGUAGCACUCUCCGGUCCAUUCUCUGUUCUGUUACCUACAUAUCAUGGAGAACAGGAACACUUAAAGAGUGUUAUAGGCCGUUGUGUACAAGCACUCCAAGUCUCCGACAUGGGCCAACAUAUGACGAUGAUAGCUCCAUUGAUGAAGGAAUAACUAUUGGUAACAUAUCUGACUGCAGGGUGCUUGAAUGGACAGACAGAGAUAGUUGAAAUAGACAAUAUAGCAACAGACAUGAGCACCGUGUGUCAUAGCCCGAAUGGUUUUCUGUCUAUUUAAACCUUGGAACUAAAAGUGAUGCGUCAUUAUCAUCAUCAGCGUCAUCAUAGUUUUCAUCCCUUGAAGGUGUAUGCAAUUACUUUAUUUUCAUUUUAAUAAAUAAAGACAUUUUUAAACGUUAAUAUUUUAUCCAUUAUAUCAACAUACCGUAAAGAGGUUCGAUACUAUUUUUUAUGAAUGUUUGAAUUUUGGAAAAUAUCGCUCCAAACUGAAAAACUUGCUGUUGAAAUCUGUGAACUACACACUACCGGUCCAAAGUUUGGACACACCUACUCAUUCAAGGGCUUUUCUUUAUUUUGACUAUUUUCUACAUUGUAAAAUAAUAGUGAAGACAUCACAACUAUGAAGUAACACAUAUGGAAUCAUGUAGUAACCAAAAAAGUGUUAAACAAAUUGAAAAUACAUUUUAUAUUUGAUAUUCUUCAAAGUUGCCACCCUUUCCCUUAAUGACAGCUUUGCACACUCUUGGCAUUCUCUCAACCAGCUUCACCUGGAAUGCUUUUCCAAAAGUCUUGAAGGAGUUCCCACAUAUGCCGAGCACUUUUUGGCUGCUUUUCCUUCACUCUGUGGUCCAACUCAUCCCAAACCAUCUCAACUGGGUUGAUGUCGGGUGAUUGUGGAGGCCAGAUCAUCUGAUGCAGAACUCCGUCACUCUUCUUCUUUGUAAUAUAGUCCUUACUCAGCCUGGAGGUGUGUUGGGUCAUUGUCCUGUUGAAAAACUAAUUAUAGUCCCACUAAGCGCAAACCAGAUGGGAUGGCAUAUCGCUGCAGAAUGCUAUGGUAGCCAUGCUGGUUAAGUGUGCCUUGAAUUCUAAAUAAAUCACUGACAGUGUCACUAGUAAAGCACCAACACACCAUCACACCUUCACGGUGGGAACUACACAUGCAGACAUCAUCAGUUCACCUACUCUGCAUCUCACAAAGACACAGCGGUUGGAACCAGAAAUCUCAUAUUAGACCAAAGGACAGAUUUCCACUGGUCUAAUGUCCUUUGCUCGUGUUUCUUGGUCCAAGCAAGUCUCUUCUUCUUAUUGGUGUCCUUUAGUAGAGGUUUCUGCCAUGAAGGCCUGAUUCACGCAGUCUCCUAUGAACAGUUGAUGUUGAGAUGUGUCUGUAACUUGAACUCGGUGAAGCAUUUAUUUUGGCUUCAAUUUCUGAGGCUGGUAACUCUAAUGAAUUUGUCCUCUGCAGCAGAGGUAACUCUGGCGGUCCUCAUUAGAGACAGUUUAGUGGUUUUUGCGACUGCACUUGAAGAAACUUUCAAAGUUCUUGUAGUUUUCUGGAUUGACCUACCUUUAUGUCUUAAAGUAAUAAUGGACUUUCAUUUCUCUUUGCUUAUUUAAGCUGUUCUUGCCAUUAUAUGGAAUUGUUCUUUUACCAAAUAGGGCUAUCUUCUGUAUACCAUCCCUACUUUGUCACAAUACAACUGAUUGGCUCAAAGGCAUUCAGAAGGAAAGAAAUUCCACAAAUGAGCUUUUAACAAGGCACACUUGUUGUGUGAAAUGCAUUCCAGGUGACUACCUCAUGCAGCUGUUUGAGAGAAUGCCAAGAGUGUGCAAAGCUGUCAUCAAGGCAAAGUGGCUACUUUGAAGAAUCUAAAAUAUAAAAUGUAUUUUUAUUUGUUUAACACUUUUUUGGUUACUACAUGAUUACAUAUCUGUUAUUUCAUAGUAUUGAUGUCUUCACUAUUAUUCUACAAUGUAGAAAAUAGUACAAAUACAGAAAAACCCUUGAAUGAGUAGGUGUGUCCACACUUUUGACUGAUACUGUAAAUUUGAAGAGUUUAGUAAUUCUGUGGUAAAUAAUUGUAUUUUAUCCAGUGUAUUAAUUGAUGUAUGGACUGCGUUGAGUCCUGGAUGAGAUGUCUAUACAGUGGCCCUAUGGGGCAAAGUCACUUUUAAAGGAUGUCUGUUUCUGAAGCAUUUAUGCUCACAUCAACCAACAGGCAGACUGUUUCUGCUCUGCUCUGUUCUGAUUCUCAUUAUACACUAUGCACAGUUAUACAACCAAUGGUUCAAGGCUUUGUUACUGAAGAAAGGGGUAGAUGGUAGCCUAUGAACUGUCCAAAAGUGCUGAUAUGUCACUUAUUGUUACGAUAUGUGAAAUGUCAACGGAUAUAAUCACUUAUUGAAAUAUUAGAAUAGUGUAGAUAGUAUGAAGUUCGGUCACCAUUCACAUUUAUUUCCAAUUGCUGAGGAAGAAGCAGAACUGUGUAUGUACACUUAUGCAGUGUUAAUGUAACAGUAUCAAAUGAACCGACAGCGUUAGUAUUCUCCUUUAUCUUGUGUUGAAAAUAUGUAUUACUUUGCCAAAAUGUCUAAUCUUAUUCAUCUGUAAAGAAAUGGGACCAAAGAUUCGAGGUCUUAUUGCAUGUGUUUGUUUUUCCAAGUAGCCAUAUCUGAAUACUUAUUCAAACCUAAGGGCUCCAUUUCAUCGACAGGGCUGAAGACCUGUGCUUACAGGGCGAUAGCAAUUCAUAAGCAAUGUUCCUGCAUUCGCGGGGAUUUUGCCUUCAUGGUAAACGCUGCAUACGUCGUCUCAAUGGGAAAUGACCUUGACAUUUCUAUCAUGCUACAGCGCAGAUCUUCAGCGCUACGGAUUCAAUCGAGCCCUAAGUAACACUAAAACAACUUCUGUUAGAUCCUAAGAGGGAGUGGUUUGGCUCAAUUGACAGAUAUGGAAAACUAGACUUGUCCCAGGGCCUGUAUUCAUCAAGUGUCUUAGAGUACAAGUGCUGAUCUAAGAUCGGUUUUUUAUCUUUUAUAGCAAAAUGAAUAUGAUUAUGUGGACAGAGGGGACCUGAUCCUAGAUCAGCACCCAUACUCUGAGAAGCUUUGUGGAUAAUGACCAAGAUCCGUUUUUCAUGUCUUGCCAAUUCCUUGGCGUGACAAUGACCAGAGGAGUUGCCAAAGCAGCACAAACUGAUCUGGAACCAGGCUAAUGUAACACUAUAGCACUGACUAAAACCUGAUAAAACGAGUUGAUCGUUGAUCGAUUGUAUGCAACAGUUGCCCUCAUUGUACCGAACACCUCUUCUGGGUUUUGAUAAACUAAUGGUUCUGUGCUACUCAGCUUUUAAUAAGUUCUUAACAAGUGCCUUAUACUCAUACUUAUUUCUGCAUAUACUGUAUAUGAUUAAUGUCAAGCUUUUACCGGGGAUUAUUCCAACAAUGACCCUGCUCUGUUCUAGGCUGGUCUCAGAUGUGUUUGUAGUCUUGCCAAUUCCUAUACUCAUUGUUACGCCAGUGACCAAUAGGAGUUGGCGAUACAGCACAAACACAUCUGGGACCAGGCUAGCUCUGUUCAUUGUGCGGGUAAUGUGUUUAUUGGGAAAAUAGGUAGUAAAGAAACCACCUUUAUGUUUCCAUAGGUUGUUUCGGUCAGUGUUUAACAUUUGUGUCCUGUGCUCUCCCAUGUUAAGAAAUCAACUGUACAUACAUGUUUUAUUUUUCUGCCUUAAUUCACAGCAAAUUGUUCAGAGAUGUAUGGCUACUGGCUGCUGAUAUGACAUGGAUUGCAUUAUUAUAAUAAAACAAUGUGACAAACUUUUUGUCAGCUUUUA